AUGGCAGACCUCAGCAAACUCCCGAAAGACUUCUAUGUCACGUCUAUGCAGUUCACGAAAAAUGCACACCAAGACGCAUACCCUGCAAUCGAUCCCAGCAUACCUGAGCAUAGCCUGACAGGCAAAGUUGCAGUUAUCACUGGCGCAUCGCGUGGUAUUGGAGCCAUGGCAAUGGUACCAGCCUUCGUCAAGGCCGGUGUCAAGGGCGUUGUACUGCUAGCCUCCAAUGCCGAAAAGCUCGCGGCUACUGAGAAAUCGGUCAAGGCAGCCAACCCCAAGAUCGAAACGCUUACCUACGCUCUCGAUAUCUCCGACUCCAAAGCCGUUGAAGCUGCUUUCGAAGCGACCCGGCAGAAGUUCGGCCAUGCUGAUGUUCUCAUCAACGCUGCCGGCGCCAUGACUGGAGACGGACCGAAACUGCACGACACAGACCCCGAUCAGUGGUGGAGGAACUUUGAGAUCAACGGAAAAGGCAACUAUCUGCUCAUCCGCUCGUUCCUGCGCUUGUUGCCCAGCCCUGAUACACCUGCCACGAUUGUCAACGUAAGCUCAUGGCAGGCGUUCUUCACAGUCCCACCGCUCGGCGCCUACUUUAUGUCAAAGUUCAUUCUAGACGCUCUGGCUACGUACGUCGCAGCCGAGUACCCGAAUGUUACCGCGGUGUCGAUGCACCCGGGUCUAGUCGCUACCGAUAUGUUACGCGAGCCCUUCCGCUCGCUCUUCAACCAAGACAGCCCCGAACUUGUUGGUGGUACCGCGGUUUGGUUAUGUCAGGAGAAGGCAAAAUUCCUUAGUGGACGCUUCAUUGCUGCGAAUUGGGAUGUCGAAGAUCUGCUUGCUCGCAAGGAAGAGAUUGUAAAAGACGAUAUGCUCAAGCUAACGCUGAAAGGGGACUUCGGAGUAUGA